AUGUUCAACCUCCCCAAGAUCUACAACACCUACUUCGUAGCCUGCGUAGCCACCAUAGGCGGCAUGCUCUUCGGCUUCGACAUCUCCUCCAUGUCCGCCAUAAUCGGCACCGAGCAAUACAACAACUUCUUCGACACGCCCGCAGGGAUCCGGCAGGGCGCCAUCGGGUCCUCACUCGCCGCCGGCUCGGUCUUCGGCUCCAUCAUCGCGGGUCCCGUCUCUGACUGGAUAGGUCGGAGGAACUCCAUUGGCUUUGCUUGUCUGUGGUGGCUUGCUGGGACGGCGAUGCAGGCUGGUGUUACUGGGUAUGGGACGUUGAUUGCGGGGAGAGUGCUGAAUGGUGUUUGUGUUGGGAUUACGAGUUCGCAAGUCCCGGUGUAUAUUGCGGAGAUUGCGAAGAAGGAGAAGCGUGGGGCUUUGAUUAUUAUCCAGCAGCUUGCUAUCGAAUGGGGCAUCCUGAUCAUGUACUUCAUCGGCUACGGCUGCAGCUUCAUCCCCGGUUCAGCCUCCUUCCGCACAGCCUGGGGAAUCCAAUUCGUACCAUGCUUCUUCCUCAUCGUUGGCCUACCUUUCCUUCCCGAGUCACCACGUUGGCUUGCAAAGAAAGACCGCGGUGCAGAAGCCAUCGACAUCCUGGCCAGGAUCCAAGCUAGUGGUAAUGUCGAUGACCCUCUCGUCGUUGCUGAAUGGGAGGAGAUCACGAUGACACUUGCUGCCGAGCGUGCUGCGCUAAAAGGCUGGCGACGAUUCGUGUACAGCGGCAUGUGGAAGCGCACGCUGGCUGGCUUCACUGUGCAGAUGUGGCAGCAGAAUAGUGGUGCGAAUGUGAUGACUUACUACGUCGUCUACAUCUUCCAAAUGGCCAACCUGAGCGGCAACAUCAACCUUAUCGCAUCGGGAGUUCAAUACGCUCUCUUUAUCAUCUUCACCACCGUCAUGUUCUUCUACAUCGACAAGACUGGUCGUCGACUGCUGCUGAUAUACGGAGCCAUCGCCAUGGGUAUCUGUCACUUCGUUGUGGGUGGUGUCCUGUCGACUGGGGAGAUUGUUCCGGGGGGUGUCGAUGGCAAUCCCAAUGUUUUGAUCAGAGUGACUGGAUCGCCAGCUUAUACUGUCAUUGCGUUCUGCUACUUGCUCAUCAUCAUUUAUGCUUUGACGCUGGCGCCUGUGUGCUGGGUCUAUGCUGCUGAGAUUUGGUCGUUGGAAACGAGAGCUACGGGUAUGGGUAUCGCUGCGAAUGGCAACUGGCUGUUCAAUUUCGCCCUUGGUCUUUACAUUCCACCUGGCUUCAUCAACAUCAAAUACGGCCUCUUCAUCGUCUUCGGUGUCUUAUGCUUCCUCGCCGCCCUCCACUUCUACUUCACAUACCCCGAGACCAGCAACAAAACGCUCGAAGAAAUCGAAGAGAUGUUCGCUCCAGGAGGUCCCAAGCCGUGGAAGACCAAGCCAGGCCAUUCGAAGCUCGAUGCGCUUAUUUCAGAGGCUCAGGAGAAGCAUUUGAGGAUUGCGGAUGUGACGGAGGGGAAGGUCGGUGAGCGUGUGUCGAGUGUGCAUACGGAGAAGGUGAGGGUGGAGAAGGUGUGA